AUGUCCCCAUCACACCCUUCUCUCCCGUCUGGCAUAGAGCUUCAAGAACAAGGUAACCCGGACACGGACACCAAAAAGCCAUUGGAGGGGCAUAUUGAAGAUGUCUCAGAAUUCCAAAAGCCACAGCCCACUGAGGGUACCUAUAUCUCUCCUGAAGAGAUACAGGCGCGGUUCGAUCUGUUGCGCGACCUCAGCCCAGACCAGAUGGCCAUGCUCAAUAAGCGUGUUCUGAAGAAGAUAGAUUGGCACAUGAUGCCUUGUGUCACUUUGAUGUUCCUGAUGAACUAUCUUGAUCGUAUUAAUGUCUCCAAUGCGCGUCUAGCAGGACUGCAAAGUGACUUGCAUAUGAGUGAUACCAUUUGGAAUGCAGGGAUAUCGACAUUCUAUGUCGGCUAUCUUGUUGGCCAACUUCCCGGGAAUUUACUUAUGGCUAAAUCGAAUCCACGCUGGUUUCUUCCAAGUAUGAUGCUUAUGUGGAGCGCCGGGACCAUUUGCAUGCCAGCGAUGACCAACGGUGUGGGAUUCUGUGUAGUUCGAUUCUUUAUUGGUCUGGCCGAGGCCCCCUUUUUCCCUGCUCUCACCCUACUAACAUCUUCCUGGUAUACCAAGGAAGAGUCACCUAUACGAAUGGCCAUAUGGCACGCCGGUAAUACCAUUUCCAAUAUCAUAUCGGGAUUCCUAGCCGCCGGUAUCCUCGAAAAUAUGGAAGGUGUUGGCGGCUUGCACGCUUGGCAAUGGUUCUUCCUAAUCGAGGGUAUAGCAUCUAUUGUUGUUGCAGUCGGCUCUUUUGCUUUCUUGCCUGAGUGGCCACAUAAUACUCGUUUUAUGUCGGAGGAAGAAAGCGAGAUGGCCAAGUACCGUGUGCUUCUGUCCAACGGCGGGCGCGACGAAACCGUUGGGGGAACAUGGGAUGGAUUGAAAGAUGCAGUCAAGGAUCCUUUUACCUGGUUCUUUUGCCUCAUGCACUUUGCACUGGUUACUGCACAGAGCUUCAAAGAUUUUCUCCCGUCGAUAAUAAAAACGUUUGGAUUCGACACAAUGACCACAUACCUAGUUCAAGCCCCUCCAUAUGCCAUUGCCUACAUCUUCGCUUGCGCUACAGCGUGGUCCUGCGGCAGACUCCAGGAAUCUACCUGGCACAUUGUCAUACCAAUCAUAAUCUCCGCUGGAGGCUGCAGCAUCCUCAUCAGCACGCUCAACGUCGGAGCGCGGUAUUUUGGAAUCAUCCUGCUAAUCUGCGGUACGUACAGUGGGCUCAAUCUACAACUGUCCUGGGAAACAACGGUGGUUCCGUCGCCUCGAGCAAAAAAGGCCGCCCUGAUUGCCAUUGCCAACUGUAUCAGUCAGUCGAGCCACUGGUUCAGUCCGUACUUUUAUCCAACAAGCCAGGAGCCUUUCUAUCGUAUGGGUGGCGGCUUGGUACUAAUGGGCUGUGCACUUGUGGCAGUCUCUGCCUUUGCGGUCAAUUGGCGAGGCAGGCGGCUCAACAAGAGACUAGAUGAGACUGAGGGGUGGUCGCUCCACUCGGGCAACGAAAGGGGGUGGAGGUACAAACUAUAA